UUCCUCCACUGUUGCGCAUGCCCAGUGCGCCCUACUGCUUUGCUCCGCUUUCGUGCGUCUCCGACUUCUAUCACCAGGUAAAGGCAUCCUGCAAGCCGAAUUACAGUUGGCUGGCGAAAAACAAAACCCAGGGGGUCCCAAGAGCCUUCGGGUAUGUAAAGGGAAAAGGGGUGAUCGGCCUUAGCUCAAACGUCCCCCAUGACCGAGACCCAGAGCACGCAAAGCAGCGGUACGCUCUGGCGAGGCCCCGAGGAAUGGGAGGAUGACGGGAGAAGACAAGGAACUACAAGCCCCAGCAUGCAGUGCGCAGCGUGGCUCCUGCGGAGGCCGACGGGCCGCGCCGCUCGGUCUCGCUUCGGUACCCCGGCCGCUUCUGGCUGACUGUCCGCCGACCGGAAUGCUCAGCAGGAGGAAGACGGACGCAGCGCUGAGAACAAGCCUUUAGCUCUAGUACCCCUGACUCCUGAAGUUCCUGGGCCCCUGGUAUGCUGGGCAGUGGGAACUCUGAGGGCUAGCGAAUCGGCCCUGAAGGGUGCCGGACCUUUACAACCUCGGAGCCACCUGCGUUGCUAAGUGACUGCGGAGCCGGACGUGACGCCACGGUGGAGGAAGAAGGGAGAGGCGGGGCGUGACGCAGUGACGUCCUCCCAAGAUGGCGGAGAGAGGGUGAAGAAACUGUUACCUCCGAGUGGCGAUCGAUCAAGGGUAAAAUUGCAUUCUGAUAUCAAAAUGCAGUAUUCACACCACUGUGAGCACCUUUUAGAGAGACUGAACAAACAACGAGAAGCAGGUUUUCUUUGUGACUGCACCGUAGUGAUUGGGGAAUUCCAGUUUAAAGCCCAUAGGAAUGUGCUCGCCUCGUUUAGUGAGUAUUUUGGUGCGAUCUACAGAAGCACUUCUGAAAACAAUGUUUUUCUUGAUCAGAGUCAGGUGAAGGCUGAUGGAUUUCAGAAAUUGUUGGAAUUUAUAUACACAGGAACUUUAAAUCUUGACAGUUGGAAUGUUAAAGAAAUUCAUCAAGCUGCUGACUUUCUCAAAGUGGAAGAAGUAGUAACUAAAUGUAAAAUAAAGAUGGAAGAUUUUGCUUUUAUUGCUAAUCCCUCUUCUACAGAGAUAUCUAGUAUUACUGGAAACAUUGAAUUGAAUCAACAGACUUGUCUUCUUACUCUACGAGAUUAUAACAGCCAAGAGAAAUCAGAAGAAUCUACAGAUUUAGUUCAGGCAAAUCCUAAACAAGGGGCUUUAGCAAAGAAGUCAUCUCAAAGUAAAAAGAAGAAAAAAGCUUUCAAUGCCCAGAAAACAGGGCAGAAUAAAACAGUGCAAUAUCCCAGGGACAUUUUAGAGAAUGCAUCUGUUGAAUUAUUCUUAGAUGCAAAUAAGUUGUCCACACCUGUAGUUGAACAAGUUACACAAAGAAAUGAUAAUUCAGAACUUGAGUUGACAUCAGUUGCGGAGAAUACUUUUCCAGCACAAGAUAUUGUACAAACUGUUACAGUGAAACGGAAACGUGGAAAAUCACAGCCAAAUUGUGCUCUGAAAGAACACUCUAUGUCUAAUAUAGCCAGUGUCAAAAGUCCUUAUGAGCUGGAGAACUCUGGGAAAGAGCUGGAUCAGAGGUAUUCCAAGACUAAGCCAAUGUGUAACACCUGUGGGAAGGUAUUUUCAGAAGCCAGCAGUUUGAGAAGGCACAUGAGAAUACAUAAAGGAGUUAAACCUUAUGUGUGCCACUUGUGUGGGAAGGCAUUUACUCAGUGUAACCAGCUGAAAACACAUGUAAGAACUCAUACAGGUGAGAGACCAUACAAGUGUGAAUUAUGUGAUAAAGGAUUUGCUCAAAAAUGCCAGCUUGUUUUCCAUAGUCGCAUGCAUCAUGGUGAGGAAAAACCCUAUAAAUGUGAUGUGUGCAACUUACAGUUUGCAACUUCUAGCAAUCUCAAGAUUCAUGCAAGGAAGCAUAGUGGAGAGAAGCCAUAUGUUUGUGAUAGAUGUGGACAGAGAUUUGCCCAAGCCAGCACACUGACCUACCAUGUCCGUAGGCAUACGGGAGAAAAGCCUUAUGUAUGUGAUACCUGUGGAAAGGCAUUUGCUGUUUCUAGUUCUCUUAUCACUCAUUCUCGAAAGCAUACAGGUGAAAAACCAUACAUAUGUGGUAUUUGUGGGAAAAGUUUUAUUUCCUCAGGAGAGCUCAACAAACACUUUCGAUCCCAUACAGGAGAAAGACCAUUUAUCUGCGAAUUAUGUGGAAAUUCUUACACAGAUAUUAAAAAUUUAAAGAAGCACAAAACAAAAGUCCACCCUGGUGCAGAUAAAUCUCUAGAGUCUAAUGCAGAGGAGCAUACUUUGAGUGAACAAGAUUCCACACAAAAAAGUCCUUUGUCAGAAACUAUAGAUGUGAAGCCUUCUGAUAUGACUCUACCCCUAGCUCUUCCACUUGGGACUGAGGACCACCACAUGCUUUUGCCUGUCACAGAUAAUCAGUCUCCUACAUCAGAUACAUUGUUGAGGUCAACUGUGAAUGGGUACUCAGAACCACAGUUGAUUUUUUUACAACAAUUAUACUGACAUUGUGAGGAAUGUGGAAUUGCUAAGACAUCUCUGGUAGUAAGCAUAAAUGUGUCUGAUAGGUGCAUAUAUUCAUAUUAAGUUUCCAUUCAUUUGGAUUGUGAUUAUUACUUUGAUUCACUGAAGUAAAAGCACCAGAUGCUGCAUCAUUACUGCAAUUGUUUGUUUUGAUUUUUGGCUUUUAUAUCUAGAACGUACAUACAGAUUUUUAGGAAUGAAUUAUAUCAUCACAGCA